GGGCACCCUGCCAGAGGCAAUGGCUGUAGAAGCUCCCACGGUGAUUCCCAGCAGUGGCACUGGGCAAGUCUCUCAUUGGCAAAACCUAGGACCUGCCCAGACUACACAGAAAGUGGCCCAGUCCCAGCAUCUGAUCCCAGAUGGGCACCUUGAGAAGUCCCUGAAGAGAGAUGGCCUUCUGCAGAAGUUGGGUAACUUUCAUAUCAUCAUUGCAUUUGCGCACCUGGCCUUUGGCAGUUACCUGAUCUCCACAGUCAAGAAUCUGCACUUGGUGGCAUUGAAGUGCUGGUAUCCAUUAUGGGGAUCUGUCUCUUUUCUCAUUUCAGGGAUCUUGGCUGUGACAACAAUGGUAUUUCCCUCCAAGACCCCUCUGAAGGUGUUGUGUGUGACAGCAAAUGUCAUCAGCUUCUUCUGUGCACUGGCCGGCUUCUUUGUCAUUGCCAAGGACCUCUUUCUGGAGAGUCCUUUUCCAUGGCCAAUCUGGAGACCAUACCCCAACCCCACAGUCUACAUCCAGAGACUAGAGCUUACCCUGUUCUGUCUCACCAUCCUGGAGCUCUUCCUGACAGGACCCACAGCCAUCACAGCCUGCAGGAUGAAACGCCUGCAUGCAGAGGAUAAGGAUGACACUCCUCUUGUCCCCGACACACCCAUGGAACUCGACGGUCUGUCGCUGAGCCUGCCACCAUCCUAUGAAAAUGUGGUUCCAGGCAACAUGAGCAAAACAAGAGAUAAAGACUGAAUCCUCGGGGCUGGAGAGAUGGCUCAGUGGUUAAGAGCACUGGCUGCUCUUCCAAAGGUCUUGAGUUCAAUUCCUAGUCAACCACAUGGUGGCUCACAACCAUCUAUAAUGAGAUCUGGUGCCAUCUUCUGGUGUACAUGCAGGCAAAACACUGUGCA